CAACGAGCCGUCGCCAACGUCGCGCGUGUCCGCAAGACUCUUUGAAAGCUCCGCGCCGCGUAAAUAACUUCGAUACAUUUCUACGAAAAAUAAUAAGACUCACUUUUACUAACAGAGUUUAAUUUUAUUUGAACUAUAAUAUUUUUUAAAUAUAUUUUUCGUGUCAUAUAAAGUUAGUGGAGUUUUAGUUUGGAUUUGAAACUUUUUGUGCGUAUGUAAAGGACUACUGUUCGGGAACACUGUCUUCGCACCUAAUCAUCAUCCAAUACGGACUUGGAAAUUGAACGCAUUGAAUUGGACUAUACCCUCGGCCGAGCCUGUAAACGUGCUCGAUGAAAUGUAAACGAUAACGUGAGGACAUAAUAAUGAAUGUUUUGUUGAUAUAGUUUGAAAACAAUCGGUCGUCGGUGCUCGUGUGAUUCAAUUUUAUGCUUUGACUGGCGGCUUCCUGCGACUGCGAGCGGAAGUCACCGAUACGAAGACCGAGUGAAGGCAGUUACAAAUAGAAGCUCAGUUCACCACCAGAACGAUUUCUUCAUCAAAUAUCAGAGCCAACUAUAAAACAUAGAGCGGCGAGCGACGAGAUACCACCGCUUCCUGAGCAGCUGUGACCCUAUAACCUCGCGCAUCGACAAAAUGCGUUAUCACCGCACUACUACCAACUUAUUGACCGGGACGAAGGUUCCUUAUCAGUCGCACACGAAACCCGCCAACGUAAACAUGAACAUGAAAUAGUGAUGAGCUCAAUUAACGCGAAACGCUUGUGGACGAAUGAUGUGUGUUAAAUCUCUAAGAUGGGUGACCUGCUGCCGAGUAUACCGCGGAGUACGUUCGCGAGUGAGCUAGAUGGAGGGAACUACAGCUGGGAGGGGGAGGGGGUGAAGGAGUACGGGUCUGACGCGGAGCUGGCAGCCGUCGAGCUGUUCCGUGACUACCCGGAGCCGCUGCUGCGCUUCGCCUCCGUUUGCUGUGUUCUCUUCAUGCUGGUGGGCAUCCCUGGCAACCUCAUCACCAUCGUUGCGCUUGCGAGGUGCAAGAAGGUUCGCAACGCUACCGCUGUGUUCAUAAUGAACCUGUCAUGCUCCGACCUCCUGUUCUGCUGCUUUAACCUGCCCCUCGCCGCCUCCACCUUCUGGAGACGGUCCUGGGCUCACGGCAGGAUCCUUUGUCGAAUGUUCCCACUGGCGAGGUACGCCCUCGUCGCCGUGUCGCUCUUCACCGUCCUAGCCAUCACCAUCAACCGAUACGUCAUGAUCUCACACCCGCGCCUCUACCCCAAGUUGUAUCGGCGCCAAUAUUUAGCAGUAAUGGUGGCCAGUACUUGGGCCUUCUCGUUUGGAGCAUUGAUAGCAACGUGGUUAGAGAAAUGGGGCAGAUUCGGCUUGGACCCCACAAUAGGGUCGUGUUCAAUACUGCCCGACAAAAAUAAUCGAUCGCCAAAGGAAUUCCUCUUCGUGGGCGCUUUCAUGCUGCCCUGUUUGGCCAUAGUUAUAUGUUAUGCUAGAAUAUUUUGCAUUGUAAGAGAAGCUGCGAGAAAAUCUCGUGCUCCAGUUCGAGGUCGAUCUAGGCCAGGCUUAGAAGACUCCGCCGUAGGUUCAGCAUCAACGGCUUUGGAACGAUCGCCUGGUCCAGAAAAUGGGAUCAAUCAUGUUGCUCCGCCUAGGAGGGCACUACUUGCGCCUCCCGCCCUACACUGUCCUCCAACUCCUGGACCUGAACGCUCGUCGUCUUCUGGCGUAGAUACGUUAGAUGGACACGAUGAGGAAUGCGCUCUAGACGCAAAACCUCGGACUCCCAGUGGUGGUGAAACAGCUAAGCGGCUCCGGCAAGCUGCUGUGGCGCUGAGACGAUCGCCUGCCUCUGUCAGACCCCCUCGUCUUACGCCAAAAGAUAGAAAACUACUUAAAAUGAUAAUGGCAAUAAUGCUAUCAUUUUGGGUGUGUUAUUUACCCAUAACUUUGACAAAGAUAUUUCGAGAGUUCACGUCGCACCCAGCAGCGAAUAUAGCUGGGUAUAUCCUGAUAUACUUGACGACGUGUAUCAAUCCUAUCAUAUACGUGGUGAUGUCGUCGGAGUACCGGCAGGCGUACAAGAACCUGCUGAUGUGCCGGCGCUGGGCGUGACGUUCGCCCGGCGACGGCGCCUCCGAGAAGCGCCCGCCGUGACUAGUCGUAAAUCGCUGGACAGCCUGAAUAACUGCAAAUAAUGGACACUCAAGUACAUGUGUGUAAAAGAUAAGUGACCAUAAACUUGUGAACUGUAGUGACAGCGUUAAGUUAUUGUUGUAUACGUAGGACGUUCUGUUACGUAGACGUUUUUGUAAUCGCGAACCGUCCGUGAUGGUGUUAGGGGUGGGAAGGAAGCAAUUAGAGUGUUUUAUACUGAACUGUUUUAUCUAAAUUAAUAAUCUCGUGAAAUGAUACUCAACAGCGGUCGGGAUAACAAAAAGUAUAUCCCACGACCACAUUAUUCAUCUCAUUCAGUGUACUUAGUGAUUUACAAUUUUAUCACCAAAAUUACAUGUAUGAAUCAUUGUUCGUCUCUAUUUGUAAAUUGUAAAACGUACAUUAUAAAGUUAGUAUUAUGUGCGGAACUGUUAGCAAUAAGUCAACGAACGUGAGUGAAGUUGUAAGCAAUAUUAAAGUAAUGAGGACUCGCCGGGUUAUGGCAAACCGCGGUCUGGAGUAUUAUCAAUCUCGGGCGUACCCAUGACUGCUAUUGACUCAUUAAGGAAAAAUAAACAAAAGGCCUGUUACAAUAAAAUUUA